UACGCGCUUGUCAUUUUAUCUACACUCACUGCAACACCGCAGAAGUAGAGCUGCCCGCGUACGUUUGAAGACGUUGAAAAUAUAUAUUGAAUUGAGCUAUUUUGAUAUUCCGUCUGAAAUGGCAGGCAAAAUUAAAGUUGCGGAUGACUGUAGCUAUAAAACAUACUCUGUCUGCGAGAGUGCCGCUGAUAGCAGCAGCAGAGUGGAGGAAGAUGGAGAAAGCGACGGUCCAGCGGUGUUUAUGUGCUGCAAAUGCAAGCUGCCCAUCGGCGACAGUCUGUCCUGGUCAGGCAGUGACGACGAGCAUAACCAAAUCAUGCUCAAACGGAUCUCUGACAAUGUUGUCAUAGGUAAAGAGCCCUUUGUUUCUGGUACCCGAAAGGAGCUUGGAUGUCUUGUUGUGAAUCUCACCUGCCGUGGCUGUUGCUCAGAAUUAGGAAUCAUGUACAUAUCAACCCCAAAAAAUCUUGAUUACAAGAGAUCUCUUUUCUGCUUUAAUGUUGAAAAUAUUGAAAGUUAUAUAGUCGGCGGUCCAGGACAGCGGGUGCCAGAAUUAGACAGAGAAGACAAACCAGUGACCCUGGAGUACCAGAACAUUGUGGAACAGCAGAUGACAGAGAUAAAAUCUCUAGCUGUGAUAAUAGGACAACGCCUACUGGAGAUUGAAAAUAACCUCCAGUGCAAUUCUGGAAAAGGAUAUGAGCUGUCUGUUUUAUGACUGAGGGUAAUAAUCCCAUGCAUCUGUUGUGAAUGAGGUUUGUGGACUCUUUAGUGUGAGAUAGUUUUGUCUAGACAGUUAUGUAUUUACUAUACAGUUGAAUGCAAGUGAUACAUUUGUACCAUUUCCUACCUUUUAUUAAUGUUAAGCUCCACACAUUCUAAGAGAUGUAGAAGUACAGUACAUAGAUUUUGUGACAAUUGUAUUGUUAUUUGAAAGCUGCUGUACUCUUACUGGAGAACAUGUGUUUGUCUGCAUCUCAUAUUUUGUCAUGUGCGAGCGAUCCUUGUGUUGUUGUCAUAUGUGAUGUUAGUCUUUACAAGAUGUAUACACAGGGUAAACGU